AUGUUGUACACUAAUGUAACAACGAUAAAAGACUUUUUCAUCACUGGAUUUCCAGGUCUGAUGCCAAAGUAUUAUGGCCCUGUUUCAGCUACACUUUUCCUGGUUUAUUUGGCUAUAGCAGCUGGAAACAUUUUUGUUUUAGUUUUUGUUAGAUAUGAAAGGUCUCUUCACAAACCCUCAUAUGUCAUCUUUUGUCACUUGGCACUAAGUGACAUAAUGUUUGGAACAGUAACGCUCCCAAAGACAAUAUCUUUAUACUGGUUUAAUGACAGAAUUGUAUCAUUUUAUAGUUGUUUUGCCCAAAUGUACUUUGUUCACUUUUUAGGAGCAACUCAUUCUUUCAUUCUGAUGGUGAUGGCUCUGGAUCGCUUCAUUGCAAUUUGUUCUCCUCUGCGCUACAAUUCACUUUUCACAAAUACAACUGUUUCUGCGCUUUGUGGAAUCUCAUGGUUUAUGCCGAUUUCGUGGAUGUUUGGUGUAGUUUUUGAUGCUAUGAGUCUACCUUUUUGUAAUUCAAAUAUAAUUGUUCACUGCUACUGUGACCAUUUAUCAAUAAUUAACCUUGGAUGUGAGAAUGUACAAAGUUCAACAGUUCUGGGAUUAUGUCUGGCCAUGUUCAGUUUGAUGUUACCGCUGGGAUUUAUUGUUUUAUCCUAUUUUAUCAUCAUCGUUUUUGUUCUGAAAAAAUCGUCCUCUAAAGGACGCACUAGGGCUUGGUCGACUUGCACACCUCAGCUAAUUAUCACCUGCCUUUAUUAUCUGCCAAGGUGCUUUGUUUAUUUGGCUAACUUUAUAGGAUACACUUUCAGUGCUUCUGUUCGAGUUGUUGUUGUAAUGCUGUAUAGUCUUUUACCUGCUGUUGUCAACCCAAUAAUAUACUGCUUCAAAACAAAGGACAUCAAAGACAGUUUAAAAAUGAAGUUUUUUACCAAAAGAACUAAUAUAACAACAAAGGCUGGUUAA